AUGGCCAAAACGAAGAAAGCCAAGUCCGGAGCCAAAUCCCAAAAGCCAGCCAACGGAGUAAAGAAGAUGGCGUCUCCAGAGGAGCUUUACGCCAGUGCUCUUCAGCUAGUCGAGCAAUCACAACCGGAAGAAGCUCYCAAAGUCGCCWAGCAGCUUUGGACACAGGUACAAGAUCGCAGCGUAAACGAGGCACUGCCAGCUGUCAAUCUACUUGGAGAAAUCUGCAUCGAAUUGGGCGCUGUGGACUCGGCUCGCGAGUACUUUGAGAUCGCCGUGCAACGUGAUCCAGAAGGCAAAGUACCAGAGGCUCUUGGUGGUGGCGCCGAGAAGUUUCUCUGGCUUGCGCAACUCUGCGAGGAUGGAGGAAAGCAAAGCGUAGAAUGGUUUGAGAGAGGAGCAAAGGCUCUCCAGCUGGAGAUCACUGCACUAGAGACUGGCCAGAUUCCUGGACUGGACGAAGAGACUGUUCUACUGAUGCGCAUCGACAAGAAGCGCAAACUUGCAAACGCUCUAUGCGGGAUCGUUGAGGUCUACAUGACCGAUCUCUCCUGGGAGGAGGAUGCGGAAGCACGCUGUGAAAGUUUGGUCACUGAAGCAAUGGCAGUCGAAGAUGAGACUAGCCCUGAGGUGCUGCAGACUUUGGCAUCUGUACGACUGUCGCAAGAACGCAAAGAAGACGCGCGUUCUGCCCUUCAGCGCUCUCUCGCUACUUGGAUGGACUUGGAACCCGAAGAUCCUGCCGUACCGGACUUUGCGACCAAAAUUUCCCUCUCACGCCUACUAAUGGAGGCUGAGAUGGAGAAGGAAGCGAUGGAUGUUCUUCAUCGGCUGAUCCAGGAGGAUGACCAGAGCGUUGAGGCGUGGUACCUAGGAGGAUGGUGCCAGAACUUGAUCUCUGAGCGCAAUCGUAACAAAGCCGCAACAGAAGACUCGGCCAUGGACACAGGAACGAGUGGCACCGCAGCGAUCAGCCCGGAGCAAGUGCAGCUUGUGAUGAAAGCUAGUCGGAGGUGGCUGAAAACGUCGUUGAAGUUGUACAAGCAGCAGGACUAUGAGGAUGACAGGUUGUUCGACCACGCCAUGGAGCUCGUCGCGAGCCUUGACACGGUACUGGGUCCGGAAGACGCGCAGGCCGAGGGCGGAGCGGAGCCUGAAUGGGAGGAUGAGUGGGAUGGCAUUGAGGAGGAUGCCGAGGAAUCGGAUGAAGACGAGCACAUGCAAGACUCUUGA